AUGUCAAACUCGAAAUUAUACCCUGAAGCUUACCCAAUGUCAUCCGGAAAUCCAAACGCAGCAUACAGUAGUGAAGGUGUAGGGGGUUACCAGCCUAAGAAGAAGAGGAAUAAGUGGUUAUGGAUCGGUCUACCCAUUCUCUUGAUUGUCAUCAUCAUCGCCGCUGUCCUAGGUGGUGUCUUAGGAUCAAGAGCAAGCAAAGAUGACGACAAUUCCACCUCAUCAUCGAGUUCAAAUUCCGGUAGCAACAAUGCUAACACCGGUGUUCCAUCUGGUGUCAGCGGAGUCAACACUGCUGGUGCGACCAGCACGGGCGCCGAUGGUCAGGUGUAUCUCGCUGUCGCCACUGAUACCUAUCUGCUUCCUGUGUAUGCUACUGGUACCGCUACUGCCGGUUAUACCGCCCCAACUGUUGGCUCCUCAAAUGGCUGGCCGACUGAUCCCUCGCCACCUUCCAACUCUUCCAUCCGACCCAACCCUCGACUCGCUCCGGCUUACAAGUGGACAGCUUUGACUUCUGAUCUUAUCGCCAACAAUCUUUACUUCAAGCAAUGGAACGCCACCAUCGUGCAGAAUGCCAGUGAUACCCUCGGUGACGAUCCCACGCCUUAUACCGAAGAUGGAGGUCUAUCCGGAUCUGGUGUACUGGACGUAGCCAGGGAAAUCAAGUUGAAGGUCAAGAACUGGGCUUAUGCUUACAAGGUCACCAACGAGACCAAAUACGCCGAUCGAGUAUGGCUCGAACUUCAAACUGCUGCCGGAAACAACUCUGAUGUCGCCUUCGGAGCUGAUGAUGGCACCCGAUGGAACCCAGCCCAUUUCUUAGAUCUUGCGGAGUUCAGUGCUGCUUUCGCUAUCGGAUACGACUGGCUCUACGACUUCUGGACGGAUGAACAGAGAGAUGCUAUCAUGUGGUCUAUCCUCAAUCUCGGUCUCCAAUUCGGUUACAAUGCUCUUUCCGGUGACUCGUCCGCCUCAGCUUACAAUUGGUGGGCAGGAAGUGCUACGGGUAAUGCCCAGGUCAACGGUAACUGGAACUGUGUUAUCAAUGGUGGUCUCACUCAAGCUGCUAUCGCUAUCAUGGAUAGAGAUCAAUCUGGUCUCGCUCAGAAAGUACUCGAUCUCACUGUCCCAGAUGCCUACAACAACUGUUUCCAGGGUCCUGAUUCCGCUGGUUCUUGGGCUGAAACCUCUGAUUACUGGUAUUUCGGUACCACCGGAGCUGCCGAGAUGGUUAACGCUCUGAUCUCAGCAUACGGCGAUGAUCGAGGACUCGCAGAGUCUAAUCCCGGUUUCAACCUCACUUCGAUCUACCACAUUUACAUUCAAGGUAUGACCAGUAAAUUCAAUGCUGGUGAUCAUGGACCCAACAAGUAUUCUUCUACUGCCAACUCCCUUCUCCUCUGGGCUAAUAUCUUCGACGCACCCCGAUACGCUCUGUACCAAAGGGAUCACAUCGAUGCUUCUGAACCCUGGUCUAUGUUCUGGUACGACCCCGCUACGACCGGUACAUGGUGGGAUGGAUUAGCUUUGGAUCACCACUUCGACGCUGCCGAGAACCAAUGGGCGACUGGUCGAUCGACUUGGUCCGAUAACUCUGGUACCUACUGGGCUAUGAGGGCAGCCAAACUUCAAGGUCAUCAAACCCAUGGUGAUUUAGACGUGGGAGAUUUCGUAUUGGAUGCGAUGGGUCAAAGAUGGGCUGGUGAACUAGGUUCAGGACAAUAUCUCUCCGAUGGAUAUUUCUCAAGUGAAGCUCAAGAUUCUGAAAGAUGGUUAUACUACCGAAAGAGAACCGAAGGUCAAAAUACUUUAUUGAUCAAUAGUUCAAACCAAAAUGUCGAUGCUGCUCCUACUGGUAAUUUCGGUUCGUCCGGUACUGCCCAGGGACCUGCUCCUAGUUUGGAAGUUGAGACGGACGAUACUGCGUAUUUCUGGACUGAUAUGACUUCUGCCUAUAACGGUACCGGUGGAGUCAAACGGGGUAUUCGAUUCCUCAACGGUCGAAAGCAGAUUUUACUUCAAGAUGAUGUCACUACCUCACCAACCUUGCAAUGGAGGAUGCACACCAAUGCCACCGUUGAGACCAACGAGGCUACCGCUACGUUGAAACUGGGUGGUGAGACAUUAGUAGCUUCCAUCGUGCAAGGGCCAUCAGGCGCAUCAUUCUCUACUGCUACACCUACUCGAUUAUCAACGGAUCCUGCUCUCCCCACUGGAACGGAAGAUGCUGAUCAACCCAAUGAUGGAGUUACGGUGUUGACCAUCGAUGUGGCUGAUGGAGGAUCUUUCAGCUUGCAAGUGCUUUUCACCCCCCAAUGGGGAGAUGGAUUCACUGCGGUGAACAAUGUAUCGAACGUUGCGUUGGAUAAUUGGAGUUUGACGAGUCACAAUUAG